AUGGGAAGAGCACCACAAUUAACUGAAAUUAAUCGUGCAUUUGAAUCAUUAUUUGUAUCAUUAGCUGAUUUAAAGAAUAUAGGGACUAAAGGAAAGUUCAAGACUGAUGUAACACUUCAGACAAUUCAAAAAAUACAAAAAUCAAUUGAAUUAUUAAGAUCAUUCGUUCAAAAAGCAUUUUUAGGAAAUACCAAAUCGGAAAAGUUUGACGAAAAUGAUUUUGAAUCCAAACUCGCAAAUGUAACAAAAAAUAUUAAUUUUUUAUUCUUAAAAUCAAUAAAUCACGAUUGUAUUACAAGUUAUGAAAAGGUUACUCUUCAGACAAGUAUGACUUCAUCAAUACAAUGCAUCAGAGAAAAUGUUAAAAACGCAAUUCUUCAACCUGAUCGAAUUGAGUGCUUAAAAGCAGCAAUAAUUGAAUUUAAUAUGAAAUUAGAAAAAGAAUAUAUAAAUAAAGGAUAUUUGUAUCCAGUGAAAAUUAACUUUGAACAAAAUUCAUAA